CCUGUGUUUAAAGAGCGUUUUUCAAUCUAUCACAACACGAGUACACGCGUGUUUAACCCUGUCGCAUUUUUAAUUUUAGAGGAAGUGUUCUUUCUUUGAUGAACUAUUGUUGACAUUAAUUGGUGUCGGAAUACUAACACGGUUUAGCGACGAUAAACUGUCAAUCGACUGACAGAAAUUAAAUUGGGAUUAAAAUGGUCAUCAGGGUUUACAUCGCCUCAUCAAGUGGAUCUGUCGCGGUAAAAAAACAUCAACAGGCGGUGGUGGGCUUUCUGGAGGCAAACCGGAUCAACUUCCAGGAAAUAGACAUUACCAUGCAGGAGGAACAGAGGCUUUGGAUGUACUGCAACAUCCCCAAGGAUAAGCAGCCAGAGAGAGGCAACCCGCUUCCUCCACAGAUCUUCAACGAUGAUCAUUACUGCGGUGACUAUGAAGACUUUUUCCAGUCAAAAGAGAACAACACAGUGUUUGCAUUCCUUAGACUCACUCGCCAUCACGCAGAAACAGAUUCAGCCACCUAGAUCAAGUGGAUGAUUUAUAUUUGCCUGGAAACCUUAAAAUCUCCAUCACUUCCUGUUCCUCAUUCUUUGGACAACUUCAGCAUUUUUGUUCCCCACAUACUCUUGCUUUAUGAUGCUGCCCACGACUUCCUCUGAAUUCUAAAGAAACACUCCGCUUAUUUUUCUCAGAGACUUAAACCGACGAGGAUCACCUUUAAAAUGGCGGUUUGCUAUAAACGCUGUGGCCAUAGAUAUUGUUUAUUGCACACAGUUUGUAGAAAAUAGAAAAAAAAAACCCUUGUUGCAGCAGCUUUUUGCUUCAGUGCCCUUUGGAUGCUGAUGAAUAAGUGGUGGAACAAAUAAUUGGGUGCAUCACACGCGAUUACACGAUUCCUUGUUUGCGUACAGGUUCCACCAUGAUUGCUGGGUGUCUGGGUAUCAGCUUGCAGUGUUGAUAGUAACUGUUAGGCUAAAGACCACCUGACAGAACGAAAGGACUUUGCCGUUAUGCUCGCUUGUAAACCUAAGAAUCAACAGAAUUGCCAGCUUUCACCCUUAAUUUGUUGUAAUCAUACAGUAUUUUUCAAUGCAGAGACAAUUAUAGGAAAUAUUGACCCACAGUUUCUCUUUAUCCAAUAAUUUCCUGUGAUGGAAGGCCAGUUCUUUUUUUUUUUUUAAUUCAAAAUUUGCUACCGUCCGGAUCAGAGGCUACAGCUCAUUUCAUGGUGCUGUUAUAUAUGUUUUACAUCUUCACUGCUUUGCCAAAUGUCAAAGGCUGCCAUAUGUUUGAUUCUCUGAAAAAAAAUAAAAUCAGAUGGAAUUUCUUUGAA